CCUACCGCGCUAUUCUGAGCCCAGCCACCUCGGAAUCACUCCCCAUCCACCCUUCUGGCAACAUGCAGGCCGCCGUCGCUCGCUCCAUCGCCGCCGUGCGCCCCACUCGGGCCACCCGCCAGGUGACCCGCGCCUCGGCCGAGUUCUACGGCCCCGACCGCGUCAAGUUCCUGGGCCCCUUCUCCGGCGCCACCCCCUCCUACCUGAAGGGCGAGUACCCCGGUGACUAUGGCUGGGACACCGCUGGCCUGUCCGCCGACCCCGAGACCUUCUCCCGCUACCGCGAGCUGGAGGUCAUCCAUGCCCGCUGGGCCAUGCUUGGCGCCCUGGGCUGCGUGACCCCCGAGCUGCUGCAGAAGAACGGCGCCGCCAACUUCGGCGAGGCUGUGUGGUUCAAGGCUGGCGCGCAGAUCUUCCAGGACGGCGGCCUCGACUACCUGGGCAACGCCAACCUCGUGCACGCGCAGUCCAUCGUGGCCGUGCUGCUGACCCAGAUCGUGCUCAUGGGCCUGAUCGAGGGCUACCGCGUCAACGGCGGCCCUGCCGGCGAGAUCACCGACCCCAUCUACCCCGGCGAGGCCUUCGACCCCCUGGGCCUGGCCGACGACCCCGACACCCUGGCUGAGCUCAAGGUGAAGGAGAUCAAGAACGGCCGCCUCGCCAUGGUCUCCAUGUUUGGCUUCUUCAUCCAGGCUAUUGUGACCGGCAAGGGCCCCAUCGAGAACCUGAACGACCACCUUGCGGCUCCCGGCGAGACCAACUUCUGGAUCAACUCUGCCUCCACCCUGGCGUGAGCCAUCCGCCGACAGCCCCCCUGCCUGGGGCGGCGGCAGCUUGAGUUUGUGACUGGCGGCUGGCGACGCCCUUGGCCGCCACUGGCAGCGAUGCGCGCCGCCUGGCGCUCCGCCGCACAGCGGCUCGUGGGCCCGUCGACGCCUGUAUUUGAUUGGCUGUUUGUGCACUAGAAUCGCUUUUGAAACGUUUACUGCUCACAUUGAGCACAGCCAGGAGGUGUAAUGGAUGUUGGGAGC